UAGACAAGCUUAAACCCGCUUAGUAUUUUUCUUUGUUGUCGCCUGUCAGACUGAAUUUGAAUGGCUGUGACAGCAAAUACAAAGAAAUUAAUUAGCUAGCCUCAUCAGCUUUACCAAACACCCACACCUCAGUUCGAAUCGCUGUGUUCAAAUUUUAACUGGAAGACGCGCACCGAUCGGAGAUUUGGUAGUGUUGAAUUAAUCUUGAAGGACGACAAACAAACGAGGGAGUGAGGUGUUGUCUUCUCGAUCAGUGGAUUUGUUCGCAUCAUGGGCGCCGAGCAAAGUGGAGAUUCGGAGAAUAAGCAUUCGGAUUACAAUGCCACGGUUGUACCUUCGCCGGCGAAGCAAAGAGCCAAAAUGGAUGAUAUAGUGGUGGUCGCGCAAGGAACACAGUUAUUACGCAACAUUCAUAAUGACCCUGACGUCAUCAAAUUACAAGAAAUUCCUACCUUUCAGCCACUUUUGAAAGGUGUCCUCAGUGGACAGACGUCCCCUAGCAGUGUGAAUCUGGAGAAGCUGGACUCUGUUCAGGUCCUGCAGCUUUGUGUACGCUAUCAGGAUCACCUGCACCAGUGUGCAGAGGCUGUGGCCUUUGACCAGAAUGCCCUGGUCAAGAGGAUUAAAGAGAUGGACCUGUCUGUGGAGACCCUCUUUAGCAUCAUGCAGGACAGGCAAAAGCGCUACGCCAAAUAUGCAGAGCAGAUCCAGAAGGUCAACGAGAUGUCCAUGAUUCUUCGGCGUAUCCAGAUGGGCAUUGAUCAGACCAUUCCUCUGAUGGAGCGUCUCAACAACAUGCUGCCCGAGAGUGAACGGUUGGAACCUUUCAGCAUGAAGCCGGAUGGAGAGGCGAGGUAGAGACACCCCUUAGGACUCUGCAGCCACAGAACGCCACAGACCUCUUUGUUACAUAACAUGGAAAAUGAUGCUUGAAACCCCUCACCAGAGGACUUUUAUUGUGACACAGCUGUGCGUUGUCCUAAUACAUUUGUAACAAGACGGUUGAUGAUAGUCAAUGCCCCAGAAUGAAAUGAUGUAAGCACAGGUGGAAGAAUCUCAUUAUGAAAAAAACACGAUGAAUUCACGUGCUAACUUGGCUUUGAUUCAUAUUAACUGAUGAAAGAUGAACUGUGUGAAAGAACAGGUUCAUUUCUGAUGCAUAUCUGAGUUUGACGUUUACAUACCUGACCAUGUGCAAUAACUAUUGAAACUGAUUGUACAUGGUCAUAACCCUAGUGGUAAGCCCCUGUUAAAAGAAAAAAGAACAUGAAAGAAAGAAAAUGUUUGUUGUCAGAAUAAACUUAAAUGUAAAUAGGCAGCUCUGGUUAUUAUUGUGCAAAAACAUGUUUUCUCUUAAGUUGUUCAUAAGUUAAUAAUAUCAUAGUAAAUAAUAUCAUGUGCUGAUUUUCAUGUCAUGCAUCCGCUGGUUUUACUGAAGUUAAUAUACAAAGAGUUUGAAUUUUGUUCGCUUCUGAGAAUCAGGGUGUUUCAGUACAAUUACCUUGAAGAAUAAUUCUAAUAAUGUUGAUUGUGUUGUCUUAUUUAACUUCACAUGUUGUGAACAUUCUCUAAAUAUAUGAGCCACCUCUAAUACAGCGGUGUGCACUAAAAAAAAA